AUGGGAGAGAACCCAGACGCAAGCAAAUGCCCGGUUCACCCCCGUCUGAUGAACACCGGUGGUGGCGGCACCAAGAAUCGUGAUUGGUGGCCCGACCAGCUAAAGCUCAACAUCCUACGCCAGCACACGUCGGUAUCCAAUCCACUGAACAAGGACUUCAACUAUGCCGAGGCAUUUAAGAGUCUUGACUAUGAAGCCCUGAAGCAGGAUCUGCGUGCUGUCAUGACAGACUCGCAGGACUGGUGGCCAGCCGACUUUGGCCACUAUGGUGGUCUGUUUGUCCGCAUGGCCUGGCACAGUGCUGGCACCUACCGCGUCCAGGAUGGACGUGGAGGUGGUGGGCAGGGCCAGCAACGAUUUGCGCCACUCAACAGCUGGCCGGACAACGUCAGUCUCGAUAAAGCACGCCGUCUCCUGUGGCCCGUCAAGCAGAAGUAUGGCAAUAAAAUCUCGUGGGCGGACUUGUUGCUCCUGACGGGCAACGUGGCUCUCGAAUCCAUGGGCUUCAAGACCUUCGGCUUUGCUGGCGGCCGCGAAGACACGUGGGAGGCUGAUGAGUCGGUGUACUGGGGAGGCGAGACGACUUGGCUGGGCAACGAUGUUCGCUACACCAAAGGACACGAAGGUGUUAAGGGUCACGGCGUAGUGGACGGUGAUGAGCAAGGUAGUGCCGACAACGAUAUACAUACACGCAACCUGCAAGAGCCGUUGGCCGCUGCUCAUAUGGGUCUGAUAUACGUAAACCCUGAAGGCCCCGAUGGAAACCCUGAUCCUAUCGCUGCGGCCAGAGACAUUCGUGUCACUUUUGGUCGCAUGGCCAUGAAUGAUGAGGAGACGGUUGCGCUAAUUGCCGGCGGUCACACGUUCGGUAAGACGCACGGCGCAGGUCCUUCCGACAAGGUGGGCAAGGAACCUGCGGCGGCCGGUCUCGAGGAGCAAGGCUUGGGCUGGCGCAAUGGCUUCAACUCCGGCAAAGGUCCCGAUACCAUUACCAGUGGUCUCGAAGUCACAUGGACCAAGACUCCGACGAAGUGGAGCAACCACUAUUUCGAGUAUCUUUUCGGUUUCGAGUGGGAGCAAACAAAGAGUCCAGCCGGUGCCAAUCAAUGGGUAGCGAAGAAUGCGGAGCCCAUCAUUCCCGAUGCCUACGAUCCCAAUAAGAAGCAACUUCCAACAAUGCUUACAACGGAUCUUUCACUGCGUUUUGACCCCGAGUACGAGAAGAUUUCGCGACGCUUCCUUGAGAAUCCAGACCAGUUUGCCGACGUUUUUGCGCGCGCCUGGUUCAAGUUGCUGCAUCGCGACGUCGGCCCCCGCGCCCGGUACAUCGGCCCCGAAGUACCGGAAGAAGUGUUGAUCUGGCAAGAUCCGAUCCCAUCUGUUGACCACCCCUUGAUUGACGAAAAGGACAUUGCUCUAUUGAAGAAGGACGUGCUGGCAUCUGGUGUUGAACCUGCUAAGCUUGUUUCCACUGCCUGGGCUUCGGCUUCCACAUUCCGCGGCAGCGACAAGCGAGGAGGCGCCAACGGUGCACGUAUCCGCCUCGAACCUCAGCGCCACUGGAAGGCGAACAAUCCUUCACAGCUCGCGGAAGUGUUGAAGGCUUUGGAAGAUGUGCAGAAGCAAUUCAACGACUCGCAAUCUGGUGGCAAAAAGGUGUCACUGGCUGAUCUUAUCGUUCUAGCCGGAACCGCCGCCGUUGAGAAGGCUGCGAAGGAUGCCGGCCACAACGUAACAGUUUCUUUCGCGCCUGGUCGCAUGGAUGCGUCGCAGGAACAAACCGAUAUCGAGUCUGUUGGCUAUUUGGAGCCUGCGGUUGAUGGUUUCCGCAAUUACGGUAGAUCGACACACAAGGUGCGCACUGAGGAAUUCCUCAUCGACAGGGCGCAUCUUCUGACGCUAUCGGCGCCGGAAAUGACUGUAUUGGUGGGCGGUUUGCGCGCAUUGAACGCCAACUACGACGGGUCAGCUCAUGGUGUUUUUACUAAGCGUCCUGGUCAUCUUACGAACGACUUCUUCGUCAACUUGCUCGACAUGAGUACUGUUUGGAGGGCAGCUGAUUCCGACGGUGAAAUCUAUGAAGGCACAGACCGCAAGUCGGUACAGAAGAAGUGGACCGCCACUCGCGCCGAUCUCGUCUUUGGCUCUCACGCCGAACUUCGCGCCAUAUCGGAGGUAUACGGCAGCGCUGACGGAGGAGAAAAAUUUGUGAAAGAUUUUGUGGAGACGUGGACCAAGGUGAUGAACCUGGACCGGUUUGAUUUGAAGUAG